CCGAGCGGGAGGACUGUGGGUGCCGGCGUCCCCGCAGGCUCCGCACCCUCCGCGCCGCCUCCCGCCUCCCGCCUCCCGCGCUGGUCCAGAAAGGGCCCCGCGGAUGUCCCCGGGACGAGCGGCCUCGGGCCCCCAGGGAACAUGGGCGUGCUCCGGGCCGGACUGUGCCCGGGUCUCACCCAGGACAUGGUCCAGCUUCUGCGGAGCCACGGGAUCAAGACAGUGGUGGACCUGGUUUCAGCAGACCUGGAGGAAGUAGCCCAGAAGUGUGGCUUGUCUUAUAAGGCCCUGGUCGCCCUGAGGCGGGUGCUCCUGGCUCAGUUCGCAGCUUUCCCUUUCAGUGGCGCUGAUCUCUACGAGGAGCUCAAGACCUCCACUGCCAUCCUGUCCACCGGCAUUGCAAGCCUGGACAAACUGCUGGAUGCUGGUCUCUAUACUGGAGAAGUGACUGAAAUUGUAGGAGGCCCAGGUAGCGGCAAAACUCAGGUAUGUCUUUGUGUGGCUGCAAACGUGGCCCAUGGCCUGCAACAGAACGUCCUAUACAUCGAUUCCAACGGAGGGCUCACAGCUUCCCGCAUUCUCCAGCUGCUUCAGGCCAGAACCCCAGAUGAGGAGGAGCAGGCGGGGGCUCUCCAGAGGAUCCAGGUGGUGCGUGCGUUUGACAUCUUCCAGAUGUUGGAUGUGCUGCAGGACCUGCGAGGCGCUGUGUCCCAGCAGGUGAGCAGCUCUUCAGGGACUCUGAAGGUGGUGGUUGUGGACUCGGUCACUGCGGUGGUCGCCCCACUUCUGGGAGGUCAGCAGAGGGAAGGCUUGGCCUUGAUGAUGCAGCUGGGCCGAGAGCUGAAGACUCUGGCCCGGGACCUCAGCGUGGCACUGGUGGUGACCAAUCACAUGACCCGAGACAGGGACAGCGGGCAGCUCAAACCUGCCCUGGGACGCUCCUGGAGCUUUGUGCCCAGCACCCGGCUUCUCCUGGACACCUGCCAAGGUGCAGGAGCAUCAGGCAGCUGGCGCAUGGCGUGUCUGACCAAAUCUCCCCGUCUGCCAACAGGUUUCCAGGAGAUGGUGGACAUUGGGACCUGGGGGACUCCAGUGCAGAGCCCAACAUUACAGGGAGAUCACACGUGACUUGCUGUUGACUGGGACAAACCCUCCUGCACAGUAACGCCUGCGGUUCACUGCCGGCAGCCCCUGGGGCUGCAGAGAAGCUCUCGGGCUGGGCAGACAUCUUAGUCCUUAGCUCCUUUCUCUGGAAACACAGUGUUACUGGCUAGAGAGGAUGCUACUGUGGAAGGACCCAGAAAUUCAUGCUGGUACCAGGUUUUCCUCCCUUGUGUCUACCACGUAUGUUUCCAGAAGGUGCCGAAUUCAGCGUCUUGGGCGUCUCUGAAGAGGCAUGCUGGUGCCUGGACAGAUAACCCUGUGCAUCGCCGUACUGCACUCCGUCCUAACACAGUGAACGAGUCUGAGGCCUCUAGCUUGCCUUUGCUUCCCUUCUUCUUCUUUUUUUUUUUGCCUCUGUUUUUCCAUCUGUAAGAUGGGGCUCCCUUUCUCUUAACUCUCUCUUUGAGUUACCGGGUAGAAGUAACCUUGUAAGUGCAAAACUCUUCUUUAUCUAGGUCCUGAUCUUAAAAACAUACAGAGGAAAUUCUCUGAGCCCCAGAGCCAUCCAUUUUCCCCGAGGAAGGUGGUUUUUCAGUUUCCCCUAGUGAGGCCCCAAAGAAUGGUUAUUCCUCUUUCCGUCUUGCCCAUUUGGUUUCACAAACCUGCAUGCAUCACCAUGACCAGGUGAGACUGGGAGCUCACUGCAGUCCCAGGAAUAUAAUUUAACAGGAAGGGAAGAUGUGACCUGGUCCCCAUGAAUCCAGCCACUUGUUCAACGUGCAUGGUGCCCUGUGAGGCCCCUCCACAGUGUCGAGUAACCAGAGGUGCUGAACCAUGGCCUUGCCCAUAAACAGACAGAGGAGAAUUUGCACAGUAAAUAGAGCCAGCUGGGAAAACUGAUACUGGCUUAAAUAAUACAUGGUAAAUCUAGUCCUUUAUGUAGAAAUUCAUUGCCGGUGGCUCCAGCAUGCAAUAUAAUUACCCCUCUCUUCCUGCCAGCUGUACGACAGCCUGGUGCCCUGGUGUAUGAAAUAACCCCCCUGUCUGUUACGGGCACUGUGGCCAUCCCUCUGCAAGCUAUAACUCUGGCUGGGUGGGGAGGAGGACACGAGGGAAGGAAAUAAAAGACAAAGGAGAGAAAGGAUUGUUCACUGACCACAAUUUUUAAAGGAAGGUUGCCUUUCUCGGUUUGAGAGCCUGUCAUGUAAUUAAUUAGUUGCUUGGCUGCAGGAAGAGAGGUCAGAGUUACAGGCCGAAGACAUGACAUUUAGAGGCGAUGAACACAGCAGGGAUAAAAGCAAGAAGCCUGGAGGACUGGGAACAAGUGGCAGAGCAGCCCGAUGGUAUCUGCCUGAGUGAGGACAGGCUUGGUAAGCUGCAGACUGGAGGAGGAACCCUGGCGCUGCUGCUUUCACAGGCUCCCAGAGGAAACGAAUCUUCAGCAUCCUUAGACCAGGAGCGGUUGGCGCAUAAUUGCAACCCUAGUAGGAAACAAAACAUUAAGCUGGGACUGGCACAUCCCUGUCACUUGUACCAUUUGGGCAUCCUGAGCCCACGCAGACAUCACCAAUCAAUCAAGCAUUCUUUUUGGCAGAGCUCAGAGAGUGCUUUGCAGUUUUAGUUUUUCUCCACACGGCACUCCAGGCAGCCACAAGCAGUCAGUUGGAACUGGCGUUCAAGGUGGAGGCUGGUUACCAUCUCUGCCCCAGACAGAUCUGCCGUAUUUCCCAUAUAUGGUGUCGCCUGCUGGGUCCUUGACUCAGGACCCUACGAUAGUGUGGUUUGAGAGGCCUGUAAAGAUCAUAGGCCCCAUCUUGUCAUUUAACAGAGAAGGAAACUGAGGCCCAAAGAGGAGAAAUGACAGUCCCAGUGAGAGAACAGGGGCUGGAACCCAGGACUCUCGAUUCCUCAGCCAGCACUCUGUGUCCACGUUGCCUUUAGUUUCCGAUCAGCACAGUUCUGUGCUCAGUGGGGCCUUCUUCCAGCCACACAGCCUCACCGAGGUAGCCUCUCUGGCCACAGGAAGGCGCUCCACUCAUUGCUACUGCAGCCCACCCCGUGACAUUUCUGCAGGACUUUGCCCCUCACAGCUUGCUUCCUCCUUGGCCUUGCUCUCAGACCGGGGCUUCACCUCAUCCUCACGCUGAGCCCACAUACUCCGCUCCAGGCCAGCCACCCUGCGAGGCUCCCCUAACAGGCCUGGGGCCGGGCUGGCCCUCCUGCCCACGUGCCUUUUACUCCCUUGGCUUACGUGUCUGCCUCCGCCCAGCCCUGACUGCGUCGGUGCACACCCACCCUGACAUCCUCCCUCUUUUUAUGCCUCAGCUGGGGUCUAGAUAGACAUCACAAUCCUGUACCACUCAGACUUGUCUUACUGUCUGCCCAUGAGCCCAAGAUCCCCUUGAAGGGCUCCCACGUUAAUUUUUCUUUUGCUCUUUCCACAGUCUGGGAGCUCGGUAAUUGUUAGAUAUACAAAUGGGUGGAUUUUAAGGCAUUUUAAAGGCAAAGGAGAAACGCAGGAAUGUUUUUCACAUGAUCUAGUCAUUGAGGUCCCCCCAGAGUGUCUUUUUAUGUAUCCUUCUACAGAGGACUGUUGUAUGUCCUUGGUCUGAUAUUACACAACGUUAAUGUUGAGUCCCUACUAUGUAUGUGCUAGCACUUGAUGGCUGUUGUUAGGCACUUGAACUCCCAAAGACUCUCAGGCUCAAGGUCCAUGUAUCAUUGUGGCUGCUCUCCACUGCAAGUAAUGAAACCUGGCUGAAAGAGCCUUAAACAAUAACAUCUGUUAUCUCUAGUAACGCAACGUCCAAGGUUGGCUCAUUUGGCGGCUCAUCAAGUGGCGUGGGGCCGUUCCAUCUUUCCGCUGUGCUCUCCUUUUGUGUUGGUUUUGUCUUUAAGCUCAUUCUCAUCAAAGCAGUCAUUCUGGGCUUCCCUGGUGACGCCUUGGUUAAGAAUCCGCCUGCCAGUGCAGGGGACACGGGUUCAAGCCCUGGUCCGGGGAGAUCCCACAUGCCGCGGAGCAGCAAAGCCUGUGUGCCACAAUGACUGAGCCUGUGCUCUAGGGCCCGCGAGCCACAACUACUGAGCCUGUGCGCCUAGAGCCCCUGCUCCGUGACAAGAGAAGCCACCGCAAUGAGAAGCCCGCUCACCGCAACGAAGAGUAGCCCCUGCUCGCCGCAACUAGAGAAAACCUGCACACAGCAAUGAAGACCCAACACAGCCAAAAAUAAAAAUGAAUAAAUUUAUUUUAAAAAAAAAAAGAGGGCUUCCCUGGUGGCGCAGUGGUUGAGAGUCCGCCUGCCGAUGCAGGGGACACGGGUUCGUGCCCCAGUCCGGGAAGAUCCCACGUGCCGCGGAGCGGCUGGGCCCGUGAGCCAUGGCCGCUGAGCCUGCGCAUCCGGAGCCUGUGCUCCGCAACGGGAGAGGCCACAACAGUGAGGCCCGCGUACCACAAAAAAAAAGAAAAAGAAAAUGGGGAUGCUACUAGAAAGGAGGAAGUGUGCGUGGAGGAGCUGGACGUUGGGUGGGCAACCGCUAGUAUCUGCCAAAGUCCAGGAGGCAAGUGUAUUGAGGCUCACGUGUGCCUAGGCCCUUUGUCCACAUCUCAUUUAGAGCUUCAGAAAGCCUUCCAUCUUCCAGACAGUAAAUGGGAGUCCAGUGAGGUUAUGGACAUAAAGCUAAUAAGUGGGCAGUGCCAGAACCCAAACUUGAAUCUGUCUGAUUCCAAACCCUACUUUCCAUCCUCAUGCUGCCUUCAGCUAUGACUAUGUGAAUGUUUCAAUUAAUUUUUUCUUUGUAUUUUGCCCCGAUAGCAACCAAGGCUACCCAUCCCAACCUCUUUUUAUCUUUGUUCACCGUAAAAGCUGGAUCAGAGAUCUACUUUCUCAGCUCUUUCCGAUUUCCUGUAGGGAAGUUAGGAGAGAAUGACAAACACUCAAAGAAGGGAGAUAAUUGUUGGUAUUAAGGUGAACCGGAGGUUUGGGGGGAAAUAAAGCUGAAUGAAAAACAACAGGGUCUGUGUGUGCCUGAGAUGGGAGCCAGCAGGAGGUAAGGGAUUUAUUUUAUUUUAUUUUUUGGCACGGCAUGCAGUAUCUUAGUUCCCCGACCAGGGAUUAAACCCACCUCCCCAUGCCGUGGAAGUGCGGAGUCUUAACCACUGGACCGUGGGGGACGUCCCAGGAGGUAAAGGAUUUAGAUGCACAUCCGAACUAGGUUUUACUGUGCUCUGGCAUGGAGUUGCACUGGGGAGAGUUAAAACUGUCCAGUUGCUGGGGAUGGGCAUUGGAGAAGGCUCUGUGACGCUUGGAGCUUAAAUUAGAGCUAGGUAGAUUAUUCAUCCAAGCUUACCCUUAGAAAGAUGUUUCUCUCAUGUUUUCCUGUCUUAUUUCACUGGCUAGACUAACUUCCGGUGCUAAGUUGAAUAGAAGCAACAAUAGCCAUCCUCCUUGUCUUGUUCCUGAUUUUAGCGAGCUGUUUCCAGUAUUUUAUCAUUAAGUAAGAUGCUAUAGUUUCCCUGUAGUUACCUUUUAUGAAGGUAAGGACCUCAGUGUGUUUCCUAUCUAUCCUGGAGAGGGAGGCCAGGUACUGGCCAUUCCAUUUGACGUGUAGAAUUCUCUCUCCCAGCCAGUGGAAGGUCCACGCAUCCCAGAGCUGUACAAGUGCACUUCAGCUGCUGCACAAGCUUGAAUCCAUGAGUAGGCUUUGAAUCCUAGCUCUUUGCUGCCUCUUUAGUUUCUGGCUGUAAUAGUCUCAAUAUAAGCCUGGGUUUUGCCAGAAGCCAAUGGGCGUAUGCUGAAAAGUACACAAAGUCAAGGAGCAAGAUUUUCAUCUCAUGUAACUUGGUCUUAGGUCUGAAACUGUAUGUCAUUGGAUGAAUUAGCUUCUUUAAGCCUUAGUGUCAGCCACUGGGAAAUGGGGAAAAUAAUACCUAUUGCAUAGAAUUGCUUUAGGGUCAUAUAGCUUAUGUAAAACACCAAAUCAUUCCCCAGCCAUAUAUUGGGUUGGCCAAAAAGUUCUUUCAGGUUUUUCCAUACUAUCUUGUGGAAUAGCAUCCAAUAUUAAUAAUAGGCACUCUAUUUCACAUCAUUGAAAAGCUUAGGAUGCCUUGGAGAAACUAGUGACAGCGUCCUGUUCAGGCAAGGCUGGCUUCAAGUGUGACCAGUGCAGUUGCCCAGAGCCUGGUGCUUAGUUUAAUGCCCCGG